AUGUCGGUUACCACUGGGAAAUAUAUACCUCCAUCACGAAGAGCAGGAUACGUUCCCACACUCCCUUCAAAAGACACUCCUCCUCCUCGACCAAGUAGGAUAUCUCGUGAUCCAUUACCCGAUCAUCUAUAUUCCCUCACAGAUCUAUAUAGGAUAUUCAACCAUCCUCAAGAUUCCACGUUUACUUUCUUUUCUUUUCCAGCUCCAUUCACAUCUCGACGUUUUAAAGAACCAUAUGAUCCUACUCGCACACCUUACAACACGCCUCUCCCACCCAGUCCGCCACCCCCACCUCCUCCACACCCCUUAGGUCAUCUGCUUAGCUACCUUGUCCUCUUCCAAAAUGCUCAUCCAUCGUGGAACGAUGAUAAUCAGUUGUGGACACAUUCAAAUGCCGAUAAGCUCAUCGAAGACCAUGAGAAGGACAAGAAGAAUAUGGGUAGACCUUUGCCCGUUUUCAAGUCUUUUAAAGGAAGACCAGGAGAACUUGAGUUCAUAGGCUGGUGGAAAAUUGAAUGGCUCGAAGUGGUACGGCCUUAUUCAGAAGAACUGAAGAGGAUGAUGGAGUUCAAGGAACAAGCUCGCUGUUUUGGUCGAAACGGACGUACUCAAUUUGCGUGGGCCAGCUCGCUAUCCGAUACUUGGGUCAAGGUGAAGCUCGUGCAACUCACGGAUCAGUACAAAGAGCCUUACCAAGUGGAUAAAGGAGAAGGAGAGAAAUAUGUGUUGGAGAUCGGCAAUUUGAAAGAAGAGCUUGAUGUCUUACAUGGGAUGAGAGAGGAAUGA